AUAAAUAAGUCUUAAAUUUUUUCAAUUCUAUCUAAUCCAUCCACUUUACAAUAACCUAUUUAUUAAAAUUUAUUUGAUACAUCAACUUUUAAAUGAAUGUAGAUAGUCUACAUUCAUUUUAAAAUAUACUCCGUAAUUAUCAUUAAUAGAUAAUCAUUGUGAAAUGGACAGAAUAAAGAGUUACAUAGGGGAGAAAAUUUGGGCGGUGGCGGGUUCGGGUGAGAAUGGCGGCAGAAAGGUAAAUAACAACGGUAGGGUUCGAAAAUGGAGGAAAUUUGGGCACAAAUGGCGGGAAGAGUCGAAGGCGGUGUGGCACAUCGCCGGACCCGCCAUCAUAACCGCCGUCUCUCAGUUCUCUUUCGGCUUCGUCACCUCCGCCUUCGUCGGACAAAUCGGCCACGUGGAGCUCGCCGCUGUCUCAGAAGUUCAGAAUGUCAUCGAAGGUUUUGUCUAUGGCAUCAUGUUAGGAAUGGGGAGUGCUCUUGAGACUCUGUGUGGGCAAGCAGUGGGAGCUUCAGAGGUGAACAUGUUGGGAAUCUAUCUACAAAGGUCAUGGAUCAUCACCGGGUUCACGGCCAUAUUACUCACCCCGGUCUACAUCUUCGCUUCGCCCAUACUCAAACUCUUCCACCAAGACAAACACAUCUCCCACGUCGCGGGCAAGUACGCGGUCUGGGCCAUUCCCCAGCUCUUUGCGUACGCGUUCAACUUCCCCAUGCAGAAGUUCCUCCAGUCCCAGACCAAGGUCUGGGUCAUCGCCAUGGUGUCACUCGCCACCCUGGCGCUCCACUCGCUCCUCACGUGGGCCCUCGUUAUGAGGCUGGGCCACGGCUUGCUCGGGGCUGCAGUUGCCGGGAACGUGUCUUGGUGGGUUUUGAUCCUUGCCCAGGCCGCUUACAUUGUCUCGGGCCGGUUUCCUGAGUCUUGGACAGGAUUCUCAUUCAUGGCUUUCAAGUCGCUGUUUAAUUUCGUGAAGCUAUCGUUGGCCUCUGCUGCAAUGUUGUGUUUGGAGCUUUGGUAUUUCACUGCUGUGAUUCUCAUGGUUGGAGGGCUAAGCAAUGCUGCUGUCGCUGUGGACUCGGUGUCAAUAUGUGUGAACCUGCAACUAUGGGCACUGAUGGUUGCUCUUGGAUUCAAUGCAUCUGUCAGUGUGAGGGUUUCGAAUGAGCUAGGAGCAGGGAGACCGGACGCCGCGAAGUUCUCAAUCACUGUGAAUACAGUGACAUCAGCAAUCCUAGGAACUGUUUUCACAGUCGUUGUAGCCUCCACCGUGCACCAAUUUCCCAGGAUGUUCACGAAGAACGACGAGGUCAUGAAGACGACCUCCAAGUUAGGAUAUCUCCUCGCUGCAACAAUCUUCUUAAACUCUGUCCAACCGGUUUUCCACGGGGUGGCAGUUGGCGCGGGUUGGCAACAUAUAGUGGCGGGGGUAAACUUGGUAAGCUAUUACGUGGUUGGCCUCCCGAUUGGGGCACUCCUUGGCUACAAGUUUCAUCUUGGGGUUAAGGGCAUAUGGUCUGCAAUGUUGGGUGGGAGUGUCCUACAGACCAUCAUCUUGUACUUUAUCAUUGCCAGGAAAAAUUGGCAUAAAGAGGCUCUUCAAGCUGAGGAAAGAGUGAGAUAUUGGGGUGGGGCAGUGGAGAAUCAAGAAAGCUUGGAUCAGUCUAAUAUACAAAGGAUUGCAAUUGAAACAAGAUGAACUCAUAGGAAAACUGCUGAAAUAUUAUUCUUCUUUUUUAAAAUACACUUCAUAAUUAUAAUUCUUUUUGAAAAUACGAUUGAAAUUCUUGAGGAUAUACGCCAAAGGACCAACUUAGUUAAAAAGCUCAAGUUUUUGGUUGAAGACGGGGAUGGGGAAUCAGACAGAUAAUGGGUGUUGAGGACACAUUAAGUUUUUUGGUUGUGCCAUAUUCUUGAAAAAUGUUGUGAUAAUUGUAGCAAAAGAUUGGCUCAAGGAAACAUGGGACAAUCCCUCAAUUUUGAAUUUAUGCAACUGAUUUGUAUUAGCCUCUUUAUAGUUUUAGUUUUUU